AAAAUCUUGCAUUCUAUUCACUGCGGAUAUGGUGAGGCACAUGACUUCCGAUGUCAACAUGGACUCGAGUGUUCACGUUAUCAGCAUAAUUUGGGCAGUGAUACUGAUAAGCUUGUCGUCACCUGUGCAAUCAGAUGUACAACCUUGUGUAAAGAAGGGCCCAUGCACAUGUGAAACACCUUCGUUUACUGUCGAUCUGACUCCAUUGUCUACACGGACGCAAAGGUUGUUACAAGCUAAGGGUGAUGGAUACACCUAUGUAUACAGCCCAUGUAUACCUACAGGACAAAGAUGUGGUGCGGAUUCUUCAGUUACAGACAUAGCUAUUUGUCAAGAAACACAGUCAAUUCCUCCUUCAACAUACGUUGUGGGUACACAGUCAACUGUGAAAUUCUCUGGUAGUCCUGAGGACGGAUCUCUUCAGUUAGAAUACUCAGCAAAAGAUGCUACUACUUCAAGAAUUGGACAAGUUUCUGUCAUUUGUUCUGAUGAAGAGGCUAGUUUUGCUCUGAUUACCACCGAACAAGGAAAAGAUUCCACUACCUAUAAAUUCCAAUUGAAAACAAAAUAUGCCUGCAAUCAAAAUGCCUCCUCUGGUCUUAGUCCCGGCUCAGUACUGCUGAUCAUGGUGCUGUGA